AUGUGUGCUAUUUGCACCGAGUUUUACACACCCCGCGAUGUGAUAUUUUCAUCUGCCAAAUGUCAACGUGAUGAUGAAGAUGAGGAGCCAACUGCACUGCCUGCUCAAUGGGUUCCUUUGGAUAUUAGUUUAAAAAAGCUGCCGAAGGGAGUGUUCAAAAGUGGCUUCGAUGACAGAGGUAACACCUCAUACGUCGCUCGCGUCUACCUGAACGAUGAUUUGUUGCCAGCGAGCUAUGUGGCAAAGACCAAAACAGCACUAUGUUCCUGGGACUGCCGGGCCUAUGAGUUCACCGAACUGGAACUUCGUAUUCUGACCGACUGCCAUUACAAAUGGGUGGCGGGCACGAAGGGAAGUUAUCCACCGGGUGCCCUUCAAGCCGGACACUCGGAGGAUGGGGAAGUGACCUACACGGGACGCGGCCAAUAUAGGGGAAUCACUCGACUAGGAAAAGUGCAUCCAUCGCAUGGCGUUAUGUACUUGCCGCAUCGGGGUCUGGAGGUAAAUAUUCCCGACUACGAGGUACUGGUAGUAGUCCCUUGA